AUGAGCCGUGUCCAUGCAUCGUCACCCACUCUCACUCGUGCCGCCCGAAGCUCAUCCAGCCGCGCCAAGCCGUUGCCGGCCGCUGCCGCGCCAAGAGGGUGCCGUCCAACCCGGGGAGAGGAUGCCGUGUCACGGUCGCACGUCCAAACCGGUUUUCCGCCCGCUGCGUCUGGAACAACUCAACGUCAGGAGGCUUUCUUCUUCGUGCUCUCCUUCGAGGACGCCCAUGCCGGCGAGCCGCGCGUCGGCGUCGGCGUCGCCCCCGCCUUCAUGCCGCCCUGUCCCGCCGCCGGGCUCCUGGGCAGUGCGGGGGCAAACAGAGGGUGA